UGCUCUCCUGGCUGUGUGGCGUGACCAGAGGACUGGGGGUGAUGGGAGAUGGCUCCGGGGGUACGGGACUCUGGAUGCUCCCUCCACCUGCAGUGACAGUUAUAGCAGGGAAGAAAUGGUGGAAGGAGGGGAGGCUGGUUUGCCAUUUUCAGUUCACCCGAAUUAGAACUGCGUGCACGUGCGCCAUAGCUUUGUCCAUGGAAACUACAUACAUCACUAAGUACUAGUAUAUAGGGAUGGGCAUGGUAUGCGUCAUUGCUGUGCUCG